AUGGAGAGGAAAUUGACUCGUGAGGAUUUCAUGCGGAAGAGUUUCCGAGGACCACGAGUGUCUCCGGCCCCUGAAUCACCUGGCGCUGUUAACGGCGCACCGCCACCCUCUCCGGUGUCCUUAGCCAUGCUAGAAAGAACCCCCCAAAGAACUGAAUAUGAAGUCACGUCUUCCGGUAUUGCUCCGAAACGUUUAGAAUUGAACAGAGCUCAUCCAAUACAUCUCAAAUCCUUUCAAGCCACUGAACCGCCAGACGAUAAUGGACCAACGCCACCUUCAGACGAUGUGUUACGUAAACUCGAACGACAAAUCGGUGAAAUGGAGCGUGGCCUCGAAAGGGCGCAGAAUGGCACCGUACCAGUAGACGAACGUGUGAGAUACGCUGAGCACGAAAAUCUUUUACGUACAGGUGUUUCCUCAGUGGGUGGCGGAGGCUACUUGCCGGCCGAUUCCGAUACUGAACACGAUGUAGUACCGUUCAACAGGAAUGAAACUACAAGAAGUAGUACGGGCGCGGCGGCCCCUAGUACCCGACCGGCCACAAGACUCUCUCGAACGAAUUCCGAUACUCAACAACACAAUGUCGCAGCAACAGCUCGCUUAAUGAGGAAAUUAGCUGACGGUGGCACUAAAGAUGAGAAAACUAAAGUGAUUUCCCGGAAAGCAAUUCAAGCUAGGAUGGAGAGAGUUAAGAACUCCGUGGUUGGUUCUAAACACGAGCACAGAGUGUUGGCCGAGCACCGAGCGGAGCCGGUGUCCCCCAAGAGUCCUACGUCGCCUAUCUCGCCGCGCUCUUCUGUACAGGUAAAGAAUCUG